CACAAACAUGUACCUUCUUCUUAAAUAGUAAAAACUGAGAUAAAAAUCUCUCUUUCGCUCCACAUUUUUAUGAAACUAUUAAGAAGGACGUAAUUAGUUUACUGUGGCCUGAGAUUUGCCUUAUAUAAAUCAUAAAGUAGACGAGAAGUUUUUGUUGCACAUCAAUCUUACAUCGCAUGUUGCUUUUUGAUUUGACGUCAUAUGUUAAUUAAUUUCACAUGCACUUCAUAUGAACUCGUGAGCUGAAUAUCAUAACAAAAAUACUGUUGUUGGAUCAUAAGCUGAACAAAAAACAAUCGAGUUAUGUCUAAAAUUUGGAUUUUCGUUGUGUUGGGAUUUCUCUUGUAUGUUGAAGCACAAGAAGGACGAUUGUCACGUGAUUGGCGGUCUCGGAGGAGAAGGCCAUCUCCUGAAAGACGACGAGGUCCAAGAGUUCCAGACUGGUGUCCUCGGGGCAGUCCUCGAAUACGCUGCUUCGCUAAUCCGUGUGACGUCGAGAGAUGCCCUUCCUUUCCACAUGCAAUUUGUCUAAAUGACAAUCCUUGCGAAAGAGCCUGUAGUGGUAGUUUCUACACCGAGGAAAGGGGAAGGCUUUCCAGAAGUCAAUGCAACGGUCAAGGGGGAGAUCCACCAGGGAUUCCAGAUUGGUGUCCAGUUGGCAGUCCACGAAUAUUUUGUCUUGUAAGCCCUUGCAGUGCUAAACAGUGCCCAGGUGUCCCACAAGCUAAAUGCCUAGCUGAUAAUCCAUGCGAACAGCCUUGCAGCGGUGACUUUUACGUUGUGCGAGGACGGCGACGCGGACAAAGACAUGGACGGAAACUGUCAGAGUCGCAAUGCGCGGCCAGCCCGCCCGGAGGAGGUGCAUACUGAUGGUGGACAAUUUUCAUUAAACAAAAGUUUAUUAUAUUUUAGGAUGUAACUUUAUGUUUGCUAUUCUUUAUCAAUAUAUUCCAAAAGUUCUAUGAUAGGAUGCUGAACUGUAUAAGAAAAAUAAUGCGCUCAUACAUAAUUACAGGCUUUUAAUAAAUAGAUUCAUCUAAAAAGA